UUCAGAACUUGAAAGACAUCAAAGAAUACACACAGGAGAGACAGCAUACAAAUGUCUUCAGAUGCAAUUCACGUCUUCAAGUACAUCAGCAAAUUCAUACAGGAGAGAAACCUUAUAUAUGCAAAGAAUGUGGGAAAUGUUUGAGUCGUUCCUCAGCUUUUAAUGUACAUGAGUGCCAACAUUCAGGGGAGAAACCAUAUUCUGGUGAAGAAGUUCGGAAAUGCUUCUUCCAGCGCCUUCAGCAACAAAUUUAUACAGAAAAGAAACCCCAUCAAUGCAAUGAAUGUGGGAAAAAGUUCAGCCAGAAGGGACACCUUGUAGUACAUCAGCGAAUUCAUACAGGAGAGAAACCCUAUAAAUGUGAAGAAUGUGGGAGGAGUUUCAACCAAAUCGGAAACCUUAUAAUACAUCAACGAAGUCAUACAGGAGAGAAACCCUAUAUAUGCAAAGAAUGUGGGAAAUGUUUCAGUCAUCCUUCAGCUUUUAAAGUACACCAGCGCCGGCAUUCAGGGGAGAAGCCAUAUUCUUGUAAUCUAUGUGGGAAAUGUUUCUUCCAGAGCAGUGAACUUCAAGUACACCAGCGAAUUCAUACUGGAGAGAAACCCUAUAAGUGUAAAGAAUGUCAAAAAUGUUUCAGUCAUUUCUCAAAUUUCAGAGUACAUCAGCGCUCCCAUUCAGCGAAGAAACCUUAUUCUUGUCAAGAAUGUGGGAAAUGUUUCUACCGGAGCAGUGAUCUUCAAGUACACCAGCGAAUUCAUACAGGAGAGAAACCCUAUGAGUGUAAAGAAUGUGGGAAGAGUUUCAGACAAAUUUCAAAUCUUGUAAUACAUCAACGAAUUCACUCAGGAGAAAAGCCCUAUAGAUGUGAAGAAUGUGGAAAAUCUUUCAGUCGUUCCUCAAAUUUUAAAGUACAUCAGUACUGUCAUUCUGAGAAGAAGCCAUAUUCUUGUAAAGAAUGUGGGAAAACGUUCUGCCAGAGCAGUGAUCUUAGCCUUCACCAGCAAAAUCAUACACAAAAGAAACCCCAUCAGUGCAGUGAAUGUGGGAAAAAGUUUAGCCAUAAGUCUAACCUUGUAGUACAUCAGCGAAUUCAUACAGGAGAGAAACCCUAUAAAUGUGAAGAAUGUGGGAGGAGUUUCAACCAAAUCGGAAACCUUAUAAUACAUCGACGAAUUCAUUCAGGAGAAAAACCUUAUCAUUGCAAAGAAUGUCGGAGAAGCUUCAGAACUCGUUCAGCCUUUACAUGGCAUCGAAAAAUUCAUGCUGGGGAGAAAUCAGAUAAAUGUUAAUAAUAUUGGAAAAAUCUCUGUAGAAGUAAAGAUCUUGUAGAACACAAAUAAUUAACCUUGGGGAGAAUCCCUAUCCGUGCAAAGAAUGUGGAGUAAGCUUCUGUUGUAAUGCUCAAAACAUCAGACAUCAACAGAUGCACAGAGAGGGGAAACUUUGAAACGUGCAGGAAAUGAACUUCUUGAUCUUCAUCCAUAUGUCCAGUCAGGGAAGAAAACAUACGGAGG